UAGUGCGAUUCACUAACUUUUAACAACGCUACUUGCCGAGUUGUAAACUAACAAUUUUUGUUGUUUGCAGUAACGAUUGUACGAUUCUCUAACGUACCCAUUAACAACACUAAACAGCUGACUUUUGCUAUUUAUUUAAAAUGAUAAAAAGUGGCACCUCUGUUAUCCGAAAUGUCAAAAUCUACGAAAAGCACAAAAGGGAAUAGGAAAAAAAACGCAAUCUACCACAGAUUCUUCUUAAAAAUGAUGGCCUCGACUAGCCAAGCAGCCAACAAGCGGAGCCGCGCUUCAAUGGAGCAGUUGAGUGGUAUGCUGGACUUCUUUUUGGAAAACCCGGGACUAGCCGGUGGGAAGUUUCAUCGGCUACACGGGAAGAUGGAGCACGAGAAGAAGUGGGAGGAGAUGGCUUCCAAGCUAAAUGCCAUCGGAGGUGCUCAAAAGUCCGCCGAACAGUGGCGCACAGUAUGGCGCGAUUUGAAGAGCAGAACCAGUGUUCGAGUGCGCGAUAGGAAAAGGCAGCAGGCGUUAACCGGCAACAAGCCCGUUAAGCAAGCUCCUUUAACAGAGCUAGAGGAGCGGGUUGUGGCCAUCAUCGGGAGCAAUUAUAUUGAGGGCCAUGAAUCUGUGGCAGAAAAUGUACCAAUGAACUUGGAGCUCCAGUUGGCCAUGGAAGAAGGUGAGGAGAUUGUUUUUCUGGAUGAGGUGGUGGAGUGCGAAGGUUUGAUAGAGGAGGAGACGCGACCGGAAACUCCAAAAACUCCUACACUCAGAACCCCGCGCAGAGGAUUGAAGAGAAAGAGAGAGGAGGAGCAGAUCGACGUCCAAAAUAAAUUUUUGGAAAUUGCAAAAUCGCAAGCCAAAGCAACGAAAGUAAAUAUUUUAUUAAUAGAUUUUGGAAUUUUUAAUGAUUGUUUUUUAAAAUACAUAGAUGCUGUCAGAAAGUUUCGCCAGACUGGUGGACCUACCAUUCCAGCUGGCGGGGGAACUCCGCGGAUACGGAGAGGGGUUGAAAGCCUGUGCUGAUGCCAUAAACAAUUUGGCCAGGGCACUCGGUCCACAAUAAUUUUUUUGAAAAAAAUUAGGUUAAGAAAAACUAAAAGUAGAUUAAGAAUUAGGUUAAGAAAGUGAAUUGGUACCUUUUAAUUUUCUGAAGAAUAUUAUUAUAUUCAAAUACACUGGUGGCCUCAUAAUUAGAAAUCCGAGUUCACAAGUUUUUUUUAUUUUUUUUCUUUUUUGUUUUAAUUUAUUUUAAGAAAAAACCAUAGAGAAAAGUUGUAGACUUGUACUUGAUUUAUAAAAAUUCGAA